UCAGUUUACAGGAACAGCAAUAAGAGGCCAUUUUCUGGGCAUACAGCCCAGGACUCAAAGGGAGGCUCUAGAGAACAUCUGGUCUGCUUGAUAUAUAGAAGCCAGCACUGCAUGUGUGUAUUUGUGUGUAUGUGUUUUUCCUAUGCUGACUCAUGGCAUUGAAGUCUUUCUGGAAACACCCCCACCUUUGUAGCCAGCCAGUUUACACACACCCCUUCAGCUCCUCCUUGAUUCAAAUGUUAAGUCAAGAGGAAGAAGGAAAACAAGUUCGAGAGCUGCUCUCAAGCAUCUAGAAUUCUCUGCACCCCACCUCUUGAGAAGAGAGACUGGCCCCAGCUCUGACUCAGUCUACUACAAGCUGGACUCUCCUCUUAAAGCACGAACUUUAUCUGAGCCUUUGGAUAAAAGUGGAAGAAAAGAGUCCACAAGUACGGUGAACUCUGCAGGAGGCAGAGGGCUGACAACUGGCAGUAAAAACAGAAAGAUGGCAGAUCCUGAAAUUGAACUUUUUGUGAAGGCUGGAAGUGAUGGGGAGAGUAUUGGAAACUGUCCCUUUUGCCAACGCCUCUUUAUGAUCCUCUGGCUUAAAGGAGUUAAAUUCAAUGUGACUACUGUUGACAUGACCAGAAAGCCUGAAGAGCUGAAGGACUUAGCCCCAGGUACCAAUCCUCCCUUCCUGGUGUAUAACAAGGAGUUGAAAACGGACUUCAUUAAAAUUGAGGAGUUUCUAGAGCAGACACUGGCUCCUCCAAGGUAUCCUCACCUGAGUCCCAAGAACAAGGAGUCCUUUGAUGUGGGCUGUAACCUCUUUGCCAAGUUUUCUGCAUACAUUAAGAAUACGCAGAAAGAAGCAAAUAAGAAUUUUGAAAAAUCUCUGCUCAGAGAAUUUAAACGUCUGGAUGACUAUUUAAACACCCCGCUUCUGGAUGAAAUUGAUCCAGACAGUGCCGAGGAACUCACAGUUUCCAGAAGAUUGUUCUUGGAUGGGGAUCAGCUGACACUGGCUGACUGCAGCUUGUUACCCAAACUGAACAUUAUUAAAGUUGCUGCCAAGAAAUACCGUGACUUUGACAUUCCAGCAGAAUUCUCAGGAGUCUGGCGCUAUCUUCACAAUGCCUAUGCCCGUGAAGAAUUUACCCACACAUGUCCUGAAGACAAAGAAAUUGAAAAUACCUAUGCAAGUGUGGCUAAACAGAAGAGUUAGGACAGCUCUUUUAGUAGAAAAAUCUCUCCUUUCACUUGUUAUCAUAUUAUAAAGGCUUUUGGAAAUAAGAAUAUGGAAAAUACUGUUUCCUCUACCUUAUGAAAAGAACGCUGUGUAUUCUGUAUCAAAUCAGUCCAAAGUAUCUUCUCACUGCGUAUUUUAAAGUUCUUUGUAUACUCAAUUAAUCUUUAUUCCCAUGGCAUAACCACUGCAAUCUUAAAUCACAUGGAAAGCAUCAAGAUCUUUUGCUAUUUAAUUGAAUUAUUACAAUGCAUUGUGUGUAAGCUCAACAGAUGGCCAAAGUUACAAAAGACAUAUUGCUCAUAAACUGCUCUUUAUAAACACUUCCAUCUAAAUCAUUAAAACAAUUUUAUAUUUUUGUUAGUUUAA